CCCCAACUACCAAGACAGAUAGCUAUUUGAUAUCACAGCCACCCAAAUUUGCCUAAAGUAAUUGCUCCAAAUAUUUGCCAAAAUUUGAAAAAUAUUUAAACACACACACACACUCAACUUUCUUUCCCCAUCCACCCUAACCCUAGAGAGAAAAAAAGGAAGGGAAAAAUCAGCAAAAAAAAAGAGAGAGAGAAAAUGCGCCGCCGUUGCUCGCCGUGGUGACCCCGCCGGCGGCGAGGCCUCCCCCCGCGUCCAUGGAUCUUUCCGCCGCAAGCGCCCUCGCCGUCCUCAGCAAGCUGCAGUUACUCGGCUUCUGCGCCGGCCUCCAGAUCCCCGACGACGCCGCCGACCCCUCCGAGGUGUUCGACGCCAUCCUCGCCGCGUUCCUGCGCGAGGUCUACCCCGGCGAGCGCGACGCGCGCCCGCUCCCGGCGUCCCUCGGCGACGGGCGCUGCGUGGACCUCCUCCGCCUCUUCACUGCCGUCCGCGCCGCCGGCGGCUACGCCGUGGCCUCGUCGCCCUCCGCUGGCGUAUGGGCCGCAGCGGCCGGAUCCGCCGCCCUCGCCGCGCCAGUCAAGCUGCUCUAUGCUAAGUACCUGGGCGCCCUCGAGCGCUGGAUCCAGCGGCUCCCGGAGGCGCAACCACCGCCGGCCGAGGAGAUGCGGCAGGAGCUGCUCUGCGUCUUUGGUGCCAAUGGAGUUGAGAUGGAGGAGCCGUCCAUGGACUGUAAUGGGAGGGGUCGGAAGAGGAAGAUGGAGGACAUGGCUGGGAUGCUGGAUUGGGUGAGGGGGCUCGCCGAGACGGUCUCCGAGGAGGGCGCCAUCGCCGCCGGGUUGGCAGAUGGAUACUUCCCGGUGGCAUUGGCGGCGCGGGAGGCGGUGGCCAGGAAGAGGGUUCGCCGCGCAAGCGUCACCAGCGGCGCGUUCUUGCAGGAAAUUGGUUGCAGGUGCUGCAGGAGUAUCACCUGUGCCAGAAUUGGUGUUCAAUGCAGCAAAAAGCUUCAACUUGUUGUUCAACAACCUGGUUCUGAUACUAAUAAACUAACAGCAGUUGUUGAAAGUAUGAAUGGAUCCUCAAUGGUCAUAGAGAGUGAGAGCAAUUUGAAUGGACAAUCGAAGCAUUCUGCAAAUCGGCAGAGGAACAAACUACUAGUGGGCUCCAAUUAUCAAGCAGUGGUGCCACAGUGGACCGGCGUUCUGCCUGAAAAUUAUAGUGAUCCGGAAACCCUCAAAUGGUUGGGAACAAAAAUUUGGCCUCCGGAAAACCAGCACAAAAUAGCACCAGUUUACUGUGACCCGAUUGGCAGAGGCAGAGAAGAUGUUUGCAGCUGCAACAUCCCACGAUCAGUCGAAUGUGUUAGGUUUCAUAUUGCAGAAAGGCGACUCCAGCUGAGACGUGAACUCGGAUCUGCCUUCUAUGGGUGGGGAUUUGACAGCAUGGGCGAGGAGGUUGCGCUUUCUUGGACAGAUGAAGAGGAGGCAAGUUUCAAGGCUGUAAUGCAAGUAAACGCACCAUCUUCUGGAAGGAAUUUAUUGAACCAUCUCCACUCAUCCUUGCGCUGGAAGCGAAGGAAAGAACUCGUGAGCUAUUAUUUUAAUUGUUUUCUGCUUAGGCGGAGGUGUUACCAGAAUAGGAUCACACCAAAGAAGAUAGAUAGUGAUGAUGAGGAAGAGACAGAGUUUAGGUUUUUGGGAAACCGUAUGGGACAAAGUGCAACCAAGUAUGACAGCACCAAGCGCACCGUUUGCAUUCAAAGUAGUCACUGCAUGGAUCUUGAUCAGUAGUUGCCGAUCAACAUUCUAGCCAGGAGGCUGGUUGAAGCCUGUUAAUUCCAGUUUUCUCCCUCCCUGCUAAGGGGUUUGAAUUUAUAAAUGGUCCCCAUUCAUUGGUUUGGUUAUGCCCAUGACAUCGCACAUCAGUUGCUGCGAGCAAAGAGCUAGACCAUUUUGCUUAGUGUUUUCAGAGCCUUGCCAUCAAUCAAAGUUUUGACAUGGACUUGUAUCCCAGAAGUAAAAAAAUGCACUGGUAUUUAUUUUUGAAACAGAGAAGUGCAAGGGAGGACCCCAACAGUAAACCUGAUUUGUACAAGUGAGAGAUAGAGCUGAUCCAAGCCAGUUGCAAUGGGCUGAGAGGAUUAACAUGUAUACAUUGUGGAAUAGCAUGUUGUUGUUGUUGUUGUUGUCGUCGUCACUUUUUAUCCUCUGUGGAUUGACAUGUACAUUGAUGGAUUGACAUGUACAUUGACCAGUAGGUAAAAAGUAUAACUGACAGGGGCCUGUUCCGCCAGUUGUAUUUCUCUCUCUAGACUCUAGAGUGAUGGCAUAGGAAUAGUAGUAUGUAUGUUGAGGUCGGUCAUCUGAAACUAAUGUUGCAGUUGUUCUUUGUUGUAGACUCAGCAUGUAUUUAUUUCAUUUCUUUGGGAAUUUUAUUGUUUCGGCAUCUCAAUCAGAACAUGUCUGUUUUAGUCUA